AUGCGAUUCGUACACUAGAACCCGUCCCACAAAAGACCAAAAAAAAAAAGGAAAUCGAAUUCAACACAUUCUCGUACCCUACGAAUCUUAUUUCCUGACCCGACACUGUCGAACCGAUCUUCCAGAGUCUAUACUGAUCCGUCGCAAGAAGUGGUGACAGGAGUUUGCAGCUCGGGGGUUGCCAGAGGCUGGAAGUUGAUUGAUUCGUGAAGUUCUUCAGGACCAGUGUCUUCCUGUGCCUUUUUUCUUUCCCUGCGGUUUGCCAAGGCAGGAAGCUAGUUCUCUGGCAGAACACAGCGUUUGUCGCACCAUAUUUUCCGGCAGUCUCGAGAUGGCAGCCACAACUAGCAAAUCCGAGAUGCCCGUCUUCUCUUACGCCCAAGCCGCCAAGGGCUUGUCUACACCACCACAAUCGGGAAAGCCUGCCUCCGCAGACAUUGCCACUCCUCCUGCCUCUGAUGAGCAGAAGACCGCCGCCAGUACGGAACCGCAGUCAAGUCUCGAUACUCAGACACCAGAGGCCGAGCAGCAGCCUGCUUCCGAUGAUGCCCAGAAGCCAGAACCCUCCUCCGCUGAUUUGGAAAACGAGACCACGAUGACCUCCGGUCAACCACAGCCAGCCGUCUCAGCAUCCAAGUCUGUCGUCUCCGGCACCUCCUCACCUAGCGUCGCCACCGUCUCGACGCUGCCGAAAGACGACGACAGCACCAGCACACCCAACGGGGGUUCCGACUCGACGUGGGAUAAGCAGUCUCAGGCAUCCGUCUCCGAGAAGGUAGAGUCCACCAAGGCCAAGUCCGCUACCGCUGCGUCAGAGAAGCCCGCACCGCCUCCCAAGGAGCUCCGGGCUGCUCCCAUCCCCACCGUCAACAUCUGGCAACAGCGCAAGGAGGCUCAGGAAGCCAAGGCCAAGGCAAUCGCGGCUCUCAAGCCCGUUGCCGCUCCGACCACUACUAAGGCUGCGAGCACCAAGAACGCUCCGGGAGCCCCCACAGCAAACGGCGAAAGUCAGAAUCAUGACUCGCCCAAGACCGUCUCGAAGAAGAAGGGUACAGACAACACAACCGAGGCUGCCAAGGACCGCAAGAAGGCUGACGGCGCUAAAGCCCGGGAAGAUGAUUCGAAUGCCUCGCCAGUAGGAGAUGCUGCCUCGUGGCCUACGCCGCACCUUGCGCGGGGCGAAGAAGAGAAGCGCAAAGCUGAAAAGACGGACAAGUCUGACCGCACGGAGAAGACCUCCACCGUGAAAUCGGGCAAAGAGAAGUGGAUGCCUGUUCCUUAUGUACCCUCCGCUGUCUUCAACACACCGUUACCCACCGCUUCCCGUCGAGGAGGAAGACCAGCUCGUGGUGGCAGGGAAGGCGGCGCUCGGGGCGGAGCCCAUGGAGCUGCUGCUUCUGCUACUUCUGCUGCUACCGGCACCGCCUCCACCGCCCCUGGGGCAGGUGACAACAAGGCUGUCUCCGGACAGACCACGCCGAACUACCCGCCUAAACAGGCCAACGCCGCUGAUCGAGGCCGGAAUGAACCCAGCACUGCUCGUGCCAACUCCCUCCCUGCGCAGACUAGGCGCUCAAAUAGCGCGGACACGGCAGCCGUCUCUGACGCUCGCCGUGGCGCCCACGCGGGCGACCGCAACCGUACGAAGGGUCCUGAGGACAGCAGCAAUGCGGCGACUGGAGGCCGACAGGUUAACGGAGAGGCCUUCCCUCGCCAUGGCAAGGCUUUCGCGAAAAACCAAGACCAAAAUUCGCAAAAGGGUGGUGACAACGCGACGAAGAACCCCUCGGGCGAGUCCCACUCCGGUGCUCGUGCGGGAGGAGCCCAGUCCAAGUCUACCGAUGGCUACCGCGAGGCCAACGGCGACAGCCACAAGGACAAAGAGAAUUUCCGGGAAUCCCGUGCGGACAGAGGGGGCCGAGGCUCACACCGCGGCAGAGGCGGUCAUGCCGCGUUCAACAAUGCUCAGAAUGCUCAGUUCUCCAACGGCCACGCCUCGCACCACCCUUUCGCGCCCCAGAAGUCGUUUGGCUUCGGUGAUCGCCAGCGCUCGCAGCAGCAACAGCAGCAGCAUGGACUUUCGAUCAACUCUCAGCAGAGCCAUCGGUUGCCGCUGAGAUCCCCAUCGCUGCCCAACUCGGCGUCCAUGUACGGCGCUUACCCCUUCACGGCGGACAUGAACGCCAUGUAUGGCUACCAGCAGCCCAUGCACCCGGGCCCCAUGGGUCCCGUUCCCUAUCAGCACUACAUGGAGCCCUACUCCCUGAUGAACAUGCUCUCCAUGCAAAUGGAGUACUACUUCUCAGUGGAUAACUUGUGCAAGGACCUGUUCUUGCGUAGACACAUGGAUUCCCAGGGAUUUGUUCUCUUGUCCUUCAUUGCCAGCUUCAAGAGAGUCAAGAGCCUCACCGAAGACUUCGAGCUCCUGCGCCAUGUUUGCCGUCAACUGAGGACCGUCGAGUAUCUGGCAGGUGAGGAUGGUGCUGAUCGGCUACGCCCGAGGGAGAGGUGGGAGCAGUGGGUCCUCCCCGUCGACCAGCGCGACCCGUCCGCACAGAAUCAAGGCCCUCCUCCCUCCACUGGCAACCCAGACGACAAAGCCGAUGUCCCGAAUGGAAUCGCCCAUGAUGGUCCGUUGCCCAACGGUACCAGCGGCCUGCGUGCCUCGGGCACCACUCUGUCUUCUGCCGCCCCUGAAUUUUCGCCGUCAACUUCUGUGACGGCUUCGAAUGAGAAUGUAAAUCGGGUGGAUUAGAAGCAUCUCCAGACACCUUCUUUCCUCGAUCCAGAAUUCCGCUCUGUCUCGUCCAUCUCUUUGCUUUCCAACGACCCAACGAUCUCGACUCCCUCCUCCCCUGAACCUGCCAGUUACCUCACGCCAUUCUGGAUGAAUAAAGAAGACGUUUCGUUUGAGAUAUUCCCUCCCGAUUUUGUCCUCGAACCUUACCAUGUGUUUCGGAAAAACGCCCU